UGGCGGCUUUUUUUUAAUCGAAAAGACAGCGCUGAUAUUAUUUACAACACGUUUGGAAAAUAAUUGCUGUUGUCUGUAAAUGUUUAAGAAUGUGGUGAAGGUGAAGGUGAAGGUGAAGAUGACCUAGAAGACUUCUAAGGACAGCUGUUUUUGCUUUCGUCAUUUCAGUAAAAUGAAAAGUAACCUCAAACAACAAAUCACCUCCAUGGUGAAAGACAUCAUUCCACUUGGUGUUUCUCGACGCUACAGUGCUGAUGACGCCACUACUACUAACCUGGUGGUGCACUGCUCUUCUCAGGAGACUCACCAGAAGCUUGCAUGCACGCUGCAUAACAUGAACCCACCAUCAAAACUUAUGCUGCCUAUUAAGCGCUCUGUGCCGGAGCAGAGGAGUACAUCAGCUGUAGCCACUUCUUCGGGCUCUAAAAAGUGCUCCAAAGGAGGCCAGGAUGCACUGUCCAGUCAUAAUACUCUCAGGAGAAAACCGCAACUCAGCAACAGGAGAAAUCAAUCCAGUGAGGAUGGGUCACUGCACAGUGCUGCUAAAAAAGAUGCUCCAGGCAGGUCUUAUAGCCAUGAAAGAGACUUCUCCCUUGCGCUGUGUAAGCAGCUGAAUGAGAAUCUGAAGGUUGGAAAGGUUAUGCUCUCACAGAGUCCUCAGCACCAGAGAGCUUGUGAGUCUAAGACAUCUAUUUCCAGACCUGUUAAUGACAGCCACAGUUCAUCAGUCCCCCAGAGUGAAACCAGAAUCCCUGGCACCAGUAUGGAGAAGUGGGACCUGCAGGCUACUGGGAAGAUGGACAAGCAGCUUAAUGGCGAUCGCAGCACACCUAUUUUCAGUCCUGUUUCUUCACACAGGGGAGAAGGCAUACCCUGCCAGGCAACUACACCAGUAGGAGGCAGAUCUCGGUCCCUGAAGAGACAAAGAGAAGGCAGCACAGAAAGAACUAGUGAGACAGAGAGAUUGUGUGAGGAGAAUAAUCGGCUCAUCCUAAAUUCUCCUAGUUCCAGCUUGUCCCCACAGUACAUAAAACGGGUCUGCCUGAGAACAAGUUCUGCACCUGUUGGGCAUAAAUACUCUCCAAUCCCGGAACGUUUAUCCUUUAAAGAGCCGAGCAGAGAGCCAAGGUCUGAGAGUUGUAAACCCCAGACAGUGACAAGGACCACAGAAGUCCUCAGAAAAGAUCACUUGAAGAAGGGAAUAGAAACAUCUAUUGAAAGCAGAUGCUCCAUAAAUAACCCACUCACCUCUGACCUUUUCCCCUCAACUUCCAGCAAGACUAGCCAAAAUUGCAAUAAUGAAGGACAUUCACCUGCCUCCUCACACACAAGUUCCCUGUCAAGUCUUAUGGAUGAGGAUAAGACCAGCCUCUUUCCCUAUAAAUUAAAACCAACAGUACCUGGCUUUCCAGAACUCACAGAGUCAUCGAGGGGUGAUGUGGAUGAAGAAAAGAAGACCACCUCCAGAGCUAGCCUGUGCUCCGUGACUGUAAAGCAGGACACAGCAGAGAAGAGAGCCCUGGUGUGGAAGGACCCUCUAGAUUUGGAGCUGGUAGAUGAGAGAGGUUUAGGGCUGGAUACUUGUUCUCUGAGCCUUAGUAGCAGCAACAGUAGUGAGGAGGAGAAGCUGCUCUCCCUGCAAGAGAUCCUGGAACGCAGCGCCCAUGUCCCUGCCACACCUGAGAAGGGGGCGUUCUCUGAGCCCAGCACGCCACUUCCUAAAGCCCCUGCAGAGGAUGUGAAAAAAAAACCUACAAGUUACAAGAACACACUGGAACAGAUGCUAAUAGAGAAAAAACAGGAUCAGAAGUCAAAAGAGCUUGAAAUGCAGUUGCUUGAGGCUUGUAAAGAAGACCUGUUAAAACUGGAGGAAGAGAAUGAAAAUUUAGAAGAUGCACUUUCACAUGAGCAAAGGCAAUUCUUAGAUAGAUUCUCAGUUCCCUCAUGCGCAAUCAGAGACCUCCACCCCGGAGAGGACAUCUUCACAUUAGCCAACUUUGGCCGAAUCUUCAACCACCAGAGUCUGGACCUAAGACAGAUUGGUGUGACCCCAACCAACCGAGCCCAGCAGACCCUGCUGCAGGCACAUCCAGAGCAGGUUCUGCUGCUACUCAGUGCAGGCUUGCUGAGGAGAGCCUACUGCUCCUCGCCUUGCCAUUCACAGGUCACACGCUGGUUGUUCCAGAUGAUGUCAGUCCACCCACACGGCAUUGCAUGUGCACAGAUUCUGCAAGCCAUGACGACUAUCGCCUUAACUGCUGCUCAGCAAAUAGUGGAGAAAAGCAGUAAGAUGUUUGAGGUGUGGGUGCCCAGCAUACAGGACAUUGGGCUGGUCUUCCUCAACAUGGGUGUGCCAUUUGUCAGUCUGUUUCCUCUGGAUGCUCCACAGCCCCCUUUCACUGAGGGAGAUCUGCUAGAGAGUAUACAAAUUCAUCCAGAUGGUGCAAGAACUGAGAAUAAACGCGACUCAUUUCCGGAGCACAACUUUGAAAACAUUAUCAAGUACCUGGCCCUGUGUGCCGCCUUGUGUCCAAGGGCAUACACUGAUGAGGAGCUCCUGCUGCUGGUGACUGUGGUGUGUAGAGUCAGUUUGGAGACCAGUUUACAGCUGUUCCCCACUGGAGACAUAAGCUGCCUGCUGCAACACAUACUCAACAACAUGACAAACUGGGAAACAAUGUUACCUCAACUUUGCCAGGCCAUUACUGAUCUGACUGACGAUCACCACAACCUCAGAAGGCUGGUGCAGCUCCUGCCACAUGAGAGACGGGGAAAACAAUUGAGGAGACAUCUCAGUGUGUCAGUCAUCUCUAAACUGUUAAACCACAGAUGCACUUACUUACCGUCAUCUACAGAAUUUGAGUUGUCUGCUCUGAGAUGUUACCUACCUCGUAUGCGACCCUCCACCCUACUGAAGGGAAUCAUGGCAGCAAAAAAAGAACAGCAGGAUGUCGAGGACUGCACCACCACUCCAGACCAACAGGCAUAUUACCUCUGCUAUAGCCUUUUGGCUUUGACCAAUGAAGCCUCCAAUUUUGAGUUUUUACCAUCAGCCCAGAGAAAUGAGCUGCAGCUGCUAUCUGCAGAACUGGAGAAACACAUUAAGUGUGACAUCAGGGAAAGUGAAAAAAUGCUUUACAGGAGUAAGGUGAAAGACUUUGUUGCCAGAAUAUAUACCCGAUGGCAAGUGCUCCUCCAAAGAUCAAGACCCCAAGAGGGGAAGCUGUAUGAUUACUGGAAACCUCUUCCUGAGGAUGAAGUGCCCAUUAAUCAAGAGAGAGAGCUCACGGAGGGUCUGAAGCAGGAGACCACAGAGGAGUCUCAAAGUGGAGAUUCUGAGAAUGACGAGUCAGAGGAGCAGUGGGGAGAGGAGGAUGAAGUGCUGAUGGAGAGUACGGAAGAGCAAGAAGAAAGUGCUGGAGAACUUGACGAGGAGAAAGGAGAAAUGGAUGAAGUACGGGGAGACAUAAAAGAGGAUGAAUGUAUGGUGAUGCUGGAUGAUGAAAAUGGAGUGAAAGAGGGGCAUAAGACACCUGUAGAUGAAGAUCUCCUGGGAGGAAGUCUUGACGAGUUAAUGGAGGAUGUAGAUGACGAACUGUUUCAAAUAGAAGAUGAGCUUCUUAAAGAUGAAGAGUCUCUGGAAAGAGAUGUAGAUUCUGUUGAGGGAGGACCUGAGGAGUCGCAGGAAAUGGGGAUUUUAGAGGAUGCAAAUUAGACAAAUGCAGCCUUGAGAAGAAUGGCUCGUUUACCCACAUCAAGGCAUUUUUAUUCCAAUUUAAGGGUCUUUACACACUACAGUUUUCAUUGUUCUUGUUGGUCCAGGGAUAUUCAGUAGGAAUUCAGGAGAUCCCUGGGAGAGUCAGUGAAUUUCUCACAUCUUCCAAAUAACCAAUGAACCAUAUUCAUUAUUUUGAGUAGUGUAAUGCAUUACAUUCAUAAUUUCCAGUAUCAAGACAUAACUGUUUGGUUAUGAGGAAUUCGUAGUGUGGAAGCUGUGACAGUCACAGAACGUUUGUAGAUUGUGUAGCGUGAAAGGGCCCUUGUUCCUUAGCACCUUUUGUAUAGCAAGCAUGAUGCACUGCAUUGCCUUAACAAGCUUUAGAAGGGCUUCUCCUUCACCCAGUAUACUUCAUUGGGAGGGAUCACUUUUACUAAGCAUGGCACUGAUUCCUACCAUCCAGGUGUAUGUGUCUUUUUUCAUGAAACCAUGCUGGGUUUGUUAAAGGUAGAAUGCACACUUGUCUGCCAGGCUCAGGAUUCCUUCUCUUUAAGCUGCUAUCUAAUAUCUAAAGCAAUGUUCAGUUAAAUGUUCACUGAUCUGCUCUUUUAGUUUCUUUAGUGGUAAACAUACGUAUCAGCAUGGAUUUCUCGGUUGCUGCCAUGAUUUUACUUACUGUUAGACCUGUUGUUUGAAUCCAUGCAACACUCCUACUUUGCAAAAGAAAACAGAUUGUAUACUGUUCAUCAAAAAAAAAAAACAACUCAAAAUACAUAUAGACAAAUUAUCAUCAUAAAGAACAUGAUUGACAUGAAAGUACAUAAUGAAGCACUUUUUCCACAUUUAGAAAUCAAUGUUUUGUUAAUUGAUACUCUUUGUUCAUAUUUUAGCAAAUGUUGACAGAAGUGUAUACUUGUUCUGCUUUUUUAAAAUUUGUGAAGCCACUGUUUAAGAUAUGAGGUUUUACAAUUUUUUGCAUUUUUGUAAUGUAAUAUGUAAGGGUGACUUAAUAAGAAGUGCUCUUUUCUGUGAUUCUCUUUUAGAAUUUGGGAUUUUUUCCAGCAAUUUUGUAUUUGAAAACCGCAUCUAGUGUUUUGUUACGGGUAAUGUGGGUAAUUGUUACUUGUCUGGGGGGUUGUAAUCAAAUAUUCAAACUAAAUAAAUAAAAAUAAACAUUAAAUUAAA